AUGGAUCCAUGUUACAACCAUACAACCUCGCAAAAAAGGAUGGACUUCCCCCUGAAACUGUUGGUUGGGUCCUGCCUUGCCAUCCUCAUUGUGAUCACUCUCUGUGGUAACAUCAUCGUCUGCCUGGCCGUCACCCUUGACCGCCGGCUCCGCAGCUUGACGAACUGCAUCAUUGUCUCCUUGGCCAUCACCGACCUGCUGCUGGGCCUCCUGGUGCUGCCAUUCUCCGCCUUCUAUGAACUCACCAAAGAGUGGCCCUUUGGCAGCACUUUGUGCAACAUCUACACCAGCCUGGAUGUCAUGCUGUGCACAGCUUCCAUCCUCAACCUCUUCAUGAUCAGCCUGGACCGCUACUUUGCUGUCACCACCCCACUCCGUUACAACCAGCUGGUCACUCGUUCCCGGGUGGCUGUAGGUUUGGUUGUUAUUUGGACCGUUUCACUGAUGGUCUCCUUCCUACCCAUUCACCUGGGCUGGAACACCAAUGGGACAGCAGUCCAAAACACAGUCCCUGACUGCAACAAGGAGUGCACAUUGGAGGUGAACCCUGUGUACGGGCUAGUGGAUGCCUUGCUCACCUUCUACGUCCCUUUGGUCAUCAUGUGCAUCACCUACUACCGGAUAUUCAAGAUAGCGAGGGAGCAAGCCAAGAGGAUAAACCACACGUGGUGCUGCAGCAGCAACACCCCCAUGCCACCCAUGGUGAAAGAGCACAAAGCCACCGUGACACUGGCAGUGGUGUUAGGAGCGUUCAUUGUGUGCUGGUUCCCCUAUUUCACAGUGUUUACAUACCGAGGGAUGUGGGGGGACAGCAGUGUGAAAGGCACACCCAUGUCCAUCGUCCUCUGGCUGGGCUAUGCCAACUCAGCCCUGAACCCCAUCCUCUACGGGACACUCAACAGGGACUUCCGAGUGGCGUACCAGCACUUGCUGCACUGCCGGAGGACUGGGGGCCCCAGGAGCUCCUGCCUGCCUCCCCUCCAGAAGGCCCAGUCCAGGGACAGGAGCUGCAGGCAGGGCCAGGGCAGGCAGGAGGGUAAACCCCUGAAACUGGAGAUGAGGAAUGGGAAAACGAUCUUGCUGACUGAUGGAGCCCUCAAGAGGUAA